GCUCCCGCUCUGCCGAUCAUGGUCAACAAGACCUUAAAUUACUGGGGUCCCAGUUUUGAGGAGGACGUUAUCAACAUCAACGUGGGGGGUCUGAGACGGCGGCUCAGCUCCAGCGCCCUCUCCAAGUUCCCCGACACCCGCCUGGGACGCCUGCUCUCUUGCGACUCGGAGGAGUCCAUCCUGCAGCUCUGCGACGACUAUGACGAGAUCGAGUACUGGGGCAUCAACGAGUUCUUCCUGGACUCCUGCUGCAGCUACCGCUACCACGAACGCAAGCUGGAGAGCCGGCACCACAACUGGGACGAGGAGAGUGAGGUCAGCAGCGUGGACACGUCCCCCGAUGAGAUCUCCGACAUCAACCACGACCUGCUGCACUACAGCACGCUGCGCUGCGGCAACGUGCGCAAACGUCUCUGGCUCACCAUGGAGAACCCUGGCUACUCCAUCCCCAGCAAACUCUUCAGCUUCGUGUCCAUCAGCGUGGUGCUGGUUUCCAUAGCCACCAUGUGUAUCCACAGCAUGCCUGAGUACCAGGACAUGGAUGAGAACGGCAAUGUGCUCGAUGAGCCCAUCCUGCACAAGCUGGAGUAUUUCUGCAUCUCCUGGUUCACCUUCGAAGUGUCUUCCCGCCUCCUGCUCUCCCCCAACCCCAGGAAGUUCUUCAAGCACCCACUGAACCUGAUUGACAUUGUCUCGGUGUUGCCCUUCUACUUCACCCUCUUGGUGGACGUGACCAUGGGCAGUGACUCAGAGUUGGGCAACCUGGGCAAGGUUGUGCAGGUGUUUCGUCUCAUGAGGAUAUUCCGGGUGCUGAAGCUGGCUCGGCACUCCACCGGACUGAGGUCGCUGGGGGCCACCUUGAAG